AUGAACCAUCUUGGUACUACGACAAAGACAAUUAGAACUUACGGAAAGAAAAGCAACGAACGCGUUAUUGCAAUUCAUACUUGGAGACAUGAAAUAAAUAAAGAAUUAGAAGGUACAAUUAAAGAUACAGAGAAUUCUUUGGAGAAAGAUAGGGUUAGAGCAUAUGGAAAGAAAAGCAACGAACGCGUUAUUGCAAUUCAUACUUGGAGACAUGAAAUAAAUAAAGAAUUAGAAGAAACAACUAAAGAUACAGAGAUUUCUUUGGAGAAAGAUAUGAUUAGAACCAAUGGAAAGAAAAGCAACGAACGCGUUAUUGCAAUUCAUACUUUGAAUCAUAAAAUAAAUAAAGAAUUAGAAGGAACAACUAAUGAUACAGAGAUUUCUUUGGCGAAAGAUAAAAUAUCUAAAUUUAAAAACUCUACAACUCAACACUCAUUUAUUACUAAAGGCUCGGAAAGCGAACCAGUCAAGCGGAAGUCAUUCACGAAGGGAUUCACAAAACCCAAGUAUUAUCUUUCGCCCACUCGUCAAUCACCGAAACCAGUAAACCAUGCAAAUGAAACUUCCCGUGUAAAUGAAAUAGAUAACAUUUCGCCAAGUCGGUUAAUAUCCAAAAAGAAUAUGAUCCAGGAAGGCACCUUGUCACCUAACAAUUCAAUAAAUAAAACCCAAUUGUCAAUGUCACAAAAGCCAUUUAAAAAAAAAUAUCAUUCACCGUCCAAAGAUUACGACCAUUAUAGUGAAUCAUUAGGCAAAGUUAUUAUAAAGGAUCUGAAUAAUUUUAGUGAAAAAGAGAACGUUGAUAUCUGUCAUAAUGACUUUGAAAUCGAUUCAAAUAGUCAGAUUUCCAAGAAAUUAGAACAUCGUUUUAUAAAGGAUCACAAAGCCGAGUUUGAUAAACCUGCUAAAGAAAUUGAGCAGGAUAGGAAUGAAUCGCAAGAAUUAACAAAAUUAUUGUGGAUUUGUGACCAAGAGCAUUUAUGGGAUUUUGAAGAAUUUCUUGGGAAGGAUUGUCUUAAUAAUGCCAUGAAAAUUGGAGAGGCAAGUUUUUCUGAAGUAUUUACAGCAUACGCGCCAAAGUUUACUACCACAAAAACGAAAUGUGUCUUCAAGAUCGUUCCAUUUGGAAGAGGAAAAGAAAUAUUAGUGAAUGGUGAGGAACAAUGUAGUGUAAGGGAUAUUACUCAAGAGAUCAAAACCACAUUAGAGUUGGGAGGAAGAACUGGCCUUGACCCAAAAUUGAGGGUUGGUUUCUUAAGAUUAUAUGGAGUUGGUGUUUGCCGUGGUAAAUAUCCUGAAGUCCUAUUAAAAGAAUGGGAUCGAUGGGAUAAAGCAUAUAAGUCGGAAAGCGCUCGUCCAGAUUACUUUGAUGAUAAACAGCUUUAUGCCGUGUUAAUUGUUGAGUAUGGAGGUCUGGAUCUUGAACAUAUUAAAUUAAAAAAUUGGGCACAAGCUUGGAGUGUAUUAACACAAGUUGGAUGGAGUAUAGCACAGGCUGAACAGUCGCUAAAUUUCGAACACCGUGAUCUUCAUUGGGGAAACAUAACAAUUAAACAAACUAAAGUUAAGUAUGUAUCAUAUAAUUUGCCUUCAGCUAACAUAAACGUUGAAAUCAAAACUUUUGGAGUGCGGGCUUGUAUAAUAGACUAUACGUUAUCUCGGAUGGAACGUGGAAAUGAAAUUAUCCACGUAGAUAUAGUAGAUGAAGGAUAUUUUACCGGGAAAGGUGAUUAUCAAUUUGAUGUCUACCGUAUGAUGAGAGAAGAGACAAAAGGCGAUUGGAAAUCUUUCUGGCCAAAAACUAAUGUAUUCUGGCUUCAUUACAUCGCGGAUAAAUUAUUAUCUGCCAAGAAAUUGACAAAGCCAAAAAAAGGAAACGAACAAUAUGAUUACUACAACGCGAUUUUAGGUUUCAAAAAGCGAGCGUUGGUAAAAAAUGGUGGAUAUCAAAACAUGAUGGAAACGAUGAGCAAAGAUGAAGCUUGGCAAAUAUAA